CUGAGGCAGCAAGUAGAAGUGACUAGUGAUUACGGCUGGUUAUUGACCGAGUGCUGGGAGAUUAUUCACAGCACAGGGCUAGCCUGUCAUCAGAGCCGUGUGUGUGUCAAUGUGAUCUGACAGCAAUCAAAACCUCGUGACGUGAUCGCUAGCGGCGGGACCAGCACAGUACUGGCUCAACACUUAGGAAUGCAGCACGAACAGUAGGACCGAGCAGUAAAACCAACAGGACGCGAGAACACGACUCAAAACGACACACAGACCUCGGACAAGAUGCCCCGCUCGUUUCUAGUCAAGAAAACAUGCGAUAAGAAGGCUCUCUUGCUCCGUAACGGGCCGGUAAUGACGCGCGAGGAGGGAGGCAAGAGCGUAGAGUCACACCGCAAGGGUAGUUCUCCCGAGAGAGUGGAAAAUGAAGACAAGGCGGACAAGCGAUUGCAAUAUUGGAAUGGUUUAGGAACCAGCCUGGUGUACCCGGCUGAAGUGACUAGCGUUCCUGGCUUGCACAAUAAACCCACCGAAUUCUGCAUAGACGUGAAAUACGAGCGCUCAAACACCAAGGAUGAUGUUGACAUGGGCCUAAGCCGGGAGCUGGAAUACGGCACGAAAACUGCGUCUUUAACCGCGGAGGAAUCGCGACCCAAACACCAAUGCCAUCAGUGCAACAAGGGCUACUCCACACCACUCGGUCUCGCCAAACAUCAACAAUUCCACUGCAACACGCACCACAAGAAAUCGUUCACCUGUAAGCACUGUGACAAGAUCUACGUGUCCCUGGGUGCACUCAAGAUGCACAUUCGCACGCACACUCUACCGUGCAAGUGUUCUAUAUGCGGCAAGGCGUUUAGCAGACCGUGGCUGCUUCAGGGACAUAUAAGGACUCACACAGGAGAAAAACCAUACCAGUGCACCAACUGCAAGCGAGCGUUCGCUGAUAGAUCAAACCUGCGCGCUCACAUGCAGACUCACGCGGUGGUAAAAAAGUACUCGUGCUCGCGGUGCAAAAAGUCUUUCUCUCGAAUGUCGCUACUCGUCAAACAUGAAGACUCGGGCUGCCCGUCACAAGGAUAGAUAGAGGAGUUAGCUAUCCUGCCAGUUAAAUCACCCGCUGAUACGCCAAACGACACGCGCAACACCUUACACUAAGCGCUGUGUGCCCAAAGAGACCAUAUGUACAUAGUUAUCGAAACAGAUCACUAGAAGGACUCACUGAGACCUUUAGAGAAUUAUAGUGAAUGCAUAGUUUGAACGUGAUUGAUAGAGGCUAUUCACAUUAUCCAAGGGAUUGGUAUUCAGAAUUAAGGCGAUUAUAAUUAUCAAAGGUUGAUGAGGAACUCGUAGAUCUGCAGGUAAUUAUCAAGGUAGUGACGCCGCCGAGCUCGAUAUCAUCGCUUGCAAACGCGCAAAAAUCCACCCAAAGGAAUUCUCUUUAGUUUAUUGUGCAAAGAAUAAUACGCCAUUUCCGCUGGCGGUGAAAGAGUUGAAUAGGGCAUCCGUAGGUUUCCUGGCGCGGGGAUGGGAGCCGCUGCAGGUUGUGUAAGAGACUGGUUGAAAUACGAAAAACAGGUUCGUUGAAGAUAAGACCCCGCGCCUGGUCUAUCGCACCGAUAAAUUUAAUCAUGCCAAACACAAAUUUAAUCCACAAGUGGGGUGAGAUAUGUUAUUGUUCUUGAGACUGUAAAGAGGCUUUCAUAAUAAAAAAAAGUGCCAUUUG